CAAUAAAUCCGUAAUUAUGCUUAAUUUGGUCGGUGAUUAAUUCACAUGUGUAUACAGUGUACAAUAUAUUUUAAAGCGUGGGUAGUAAAGGUCAUCGUUAUUACAAAGCAUGCUUAUGUAAUUGUGAACUGUUAUUUUUAUCUGACGCACAUGGUGAUAAUUUGUUAAUAACUUGAGAUACUGGGCAUGCUUGUCAUUGGCCGGCGAUGAUUGUAUCAUGGCUAAAGGAUCGGAAUAUUUGGAAUAUUUCAAAACACGUUCGAGUGGAUUGGUUGAGGUCUGAAGUCAAGUGAUUUCUAAAACGAAUUUUAAUUUUGUGUUGAGUUUUAACGCUGCCAAUUUAUUACAAAUGUAUUGUUUGUAACAGAAUACGGUGACAAUGUGCAGGUGUUUUAACUGACAAGAUCGUACGCGAGCCUGUCUGCCGGUGGGUGUUAAAAAAGCAACACAGUAAUCUAUCCCCGAGUGUAAAAAAAGUUUGUGAAAGUGGCCUGACGUCACACUCCCACAAUGCUUACCGCCCCCUAACUCGGUUGCAGCCUGAGGAGAGCCACACACACUCACUCCCAGGCCCCGAAUAUCUAAAUUAUUGGGAGGGGGGAAAAGUCGUUUAAAAUUAUUUUAUAAACAAGUAAAGAAGACAUCGAAGAGAGAGCGUGGAGUUGGCGGCGUGGGUCUCUCCCAUGGUGGCUUUCUACUCGGGAUGGACGUUUACCGGGGCUCCAAGUGAAAGUUGACUAAUGCAGUGCUGGAAACUUUUUGAGUCAAGAUGCAGAAGAGUAUUUGGCACUCGCCGCCAAGCGUGGCUCUUGGAACUGGGUGAGGAGGAGACGUGAGAGGAGGAAAAGUGCAACACAAGGAAAUAAAGACAGACAGCAGGAUUAAUUCUCGCUCAUCUCGAUGUUUCACUCAAGCUUCUACUGAGCCGCCACUUCGCCACCCAAACCACCUGUCGGCCCUCCAACUUCCGACAUUGAGCCCACGAGGCAGGGGAACCCCGAGUGGACUUUCAUGGCAGCGGCUCUCUAGGGCUGCCAUGGCAGCUGCUGCCGCCGAUGCCUCACACCGUAUUACCGCACUGACGCCGGAGGAAGAGGGACGACGGACUGCCGUCAAGUUGUUUGGGAGCGCCGGCUCGCUGCCACGCACAGAGCGAGAGAGGGGGAAAGAGAGAGAAGACGAGGAAGAAGAGGCGGGGAGAGGGAACGAGUGUUUGGUGUGCGGGGCUCUGUUCGCCUCUCAGGAGAAGCUCCGGCUCCACGCCGUGAGUCACACGGGAGAGAAACCUUUCCACUGCUCACAGCCGCACUGCCCCAAGGCCUUCAGCUCCAAAUACAAACUCUUCAGGCAUAUGGCCACACAUUCUCCACAGAAGACCCACCAGUGCUCGUUCUGUGAGAAAAUGUUCCACCGUAAGGACCACCUGAAGAACCACCUGCAGACCCACGACCCCAACAAGGAGGCCUUCAAGUGCGAGGAGUGCGGCAAGCCCUACAACACCAAACUGGGCUACAAGCGCCACGUGGCCAUGCACUCGGCCACAGCGGGGGACCUCACCUGUAAAGUUUGCAUGCAGAGGUACGAGAGCACGCCCGUCCUCCUGGAGCACCUCAAGAGCCACUCGGGGAAAUCAUCCGGCGGGGCCAAGGAGAAGAAACACCCGUGCGACCACUGCGAUCGCCGUUUCUACACGCGGAAGGACGUGCGGCGACACAUGGUGGUGCACACUGGCCGAAAGGACUUCCUGUGCCAGUACUGCGCCCAGCGCUUCGGCAGGAAGGACCACCUGACGCGUCACGUGAAGAAGAGCCACUCGCAGGAGCUGCUGAAGAUCAAGACCGAGCCUCCGGAUAUGCUGGGCCUCCUCGCCUCCGGGUCGCCUCCUUGCACCGUGAAGGAGGAGCUCAGCCCCAUGAUGUGCAGCGUGGCUCCGAAUAAGGACCCCAUGAUGGGCAAGCCUUUCCCAAGCGGGGCCCCCUUCCCCAUGGGCGUGUACAACCCCCACCACCUGCAGGCCAUGUCAAACUCCGGAGUGACCCACCCUCACCCGCCCCUGAUGUCGGCGCCCCUAUCCAUGGGCAUGGGCUGCCACAUGGAGUCCACUGGAUCCCUGCACCCCCACUCCCAUCACCACCACCACCAUCACCACCACCACCAUCACCACCGUUCCCCUCCGCCGCCCCCGCCCCACCACCAGCCCUCGGUCCCCCAGCAGCAGCACCAUUCCCAGCAAGCCCCCAAAUACCAGCUGGGAUCUACCUCAUACCUGCUGGACAAACCCUUGAAGGUGGAGAUGGAGAGCUUCCUCAUGGAUCUGCAGAGUGGCUUGCCGGGCCCGCUUCCCUCCGCGGAGCCUCACGCUGCUGUUUCGCCCCCCAAGGAUGGACUGGAGCCUCCCGCUGGCCUGCCAGAAGAACUUUGCGGAGAUCCCCUGCUGUCCAAGAGCCCCGCGGUGAUCGCCGAGUCUCUCUCUGCUGCUAACAUGGACUUCUCCCACUUGCUGGGCUUCCUUCCGCUCAACCUCCCUCCCUACAGCGCCCCCAUGAGCACGGGAGGACUGGUGAUGGGUUACACUUCGUCUGCCGCCUCCUCGUCUUCCUCCUCCUCCUCUUCAUCUCUGCACGCUGCCGAGCCUCACGCCGCAGCAGUUGCCGCCGCAGCCGCCAUGGCGCCUCUUACCUCUUUGCAACCACAACCUCAGGAGCAUCAGAGCUCCGGCGGGGGUCUUGGACUUGGACCUCUGCACCCUCUUCCACCAGUAUUCAGCUCCAGCCUUAGUACCACCACACUGCCUCGCUUCCACCAGGCUUUUCAGUGAGAGUUUUCAAAGCUAGAUUAAAACAAACAGUGAGUAGAUUUUGAAUUUAAAAAAAAAAAAAAAGAAAGAAAAAAGAAAAAGAAAAAAAAAAGAAAAGAGAGAAAACUUAGAUGCCUUAAAUGAAAGCACACACAAGAUUGGAAUUUAUCCCUAAAAGUAUACAAAAGGCCCUUUUGGAAAAAUGGGGUGAAAAAGAAAAGGAAGCUGCUUUUAUUUGGGAUUUUAUUUUCCUUUUACCUCUAGUUUUAAUGAUGUAUUAAUGCUUUUUUUUUUUUCCAUUGCCAUUUAUGUCCCCUUAUAUUUGCAUCCCCAUUUAGUAGCGUAGCAGGCAGAGUCACGGUACUGCUUUCUUCCUAAAGCAAUAGGACACAUAUAUCAAAGUUUAGUGACGAUCUUUAUUGUUGUUACCCAGAAAAAAAUAUAUAUAUCGUUUGAAAUGGAUAUUUUUGUUUGACUUAAUUUUCCUUUUCCCUGAACCACAGUAGAACGUCUCAUCUUGAGAGGGAAAAGAAGAGCUACGGAAUCCGCAAUUUACCUCAAACGUUCUCCCAUUUAAUCGCACAAAUGGGAUCCUUCUGGGGACAAAAAAAAAGUGCUCUUUUCGCAAUCUGUAAAUUUGGCGGAUGGCUCCUUUUUUAUUGCUUGGCGUCCGUUACAGUCACGUUUGAAUGGAAAACGGAAAAAGCAUCUGGCAUUUUAAAGGGGAAAAAAGAAAGAAUGUGAAAAGUGUUGGUUUAAACAUGAUGCAGAUUUAAAAAAAAAAAAAAUCAUCAAGAGAAGCACUUUUUUAUUUUACCCGAAGGCAUUUCCAUCUUUAGGAAUCGGCUUUGUUUCAAACCUCAUGAUCGUACUUUUGAGGUCGCAACACCCAGAAUCGACUUCCUUCCAACAGUUAUGCUAAAAAGUGGUCUUGUGGAGCAUUCUUAACUAGCCCAUAAAAAAAGAGCCUGUACUUGCGAGAAUUUAGUAGGGAUUUGCAAGGAACGUCAAAAACUGAUAUUUCUCCCUGUAAAAGCUUUGGCAUUUUUCUUUUCAACGCUGAAUGUUAUCAAAAUAUAUGCCAUAACCCCCCUCACGCAAAUUCCAAAAUACAACACUUGUUAUUGGCAAACGAUCCUUUUUUUUGCGCAGCGGCAUGUCUGGUCUGUCGCAGUGGACGACAUGCUACUUGUUUUUUAUCUGGAGUACAUCACUGCGAUCCCGUUCAAAAAUAAAAUAAAAAAAAUCCUGCUUUCUGACUAAAUUCUCGUAUGUCACGGCGCAUAAAAUCGGCCUCUUUAGCUUGGGCCGUCUCUUUCGAAAAGAUGUCAUGAGGAUCCCUGACAUAUGUGAAUGCUUAAAACAAAAAAAAAAAAAAGAGUUACAGAGGCAGAUGAGGAAAAAAUGUGUUCAAGAAUGUUAUUGCAGUGUACGAAAUAUCUCAAAAAUGAUUAGCGUAAACACUUUUAUCUCAGUAAAUGCGUAUUUUAUCUAGUUUAACAAAGUGAUGAUGUUUCUUUUUGGUUGUCCGGCAGGUUUACAUUUGUGUUGAUCCUCUCUCUCUCUUUCUCUCUCAAACAAUGGAUGAAGUAUUAGUUUUUGUUUUUGUUUUCCCUUAAGCUUUCUCUCAUAUCCAGUCAUUACCUUCACAUGUACUUGAGUUAGGAGAGCGGAAUCAGAACUGUGGACGCUACGAUAUUUAUAGCAGGCUCUUAAUGGCUUCAUCGUCACUUAGGAUUUGAUCUAGCUAGAAUGUGUCAAUAAGAAUGCUGACAUGGACGAACCUACUACGCGCGAUCGUAGGUCGCCGUUCCAGAUAUUUUCAAUCCUGUUCACCGCCAGACUAUAGGAACCUGAGCCCAAAGUUAACCCUACGCCUCAAAAGGUCACAUAUAGUGGAUAGAGAAAAUGUGGUUUAAGGCCAUGAGAACUCACGCAAAAAAAAAAAUUCAAGCAAAACUAAGGGAAAAUACAAUUCACUUGAAAAGGAGCAAAUCGUUUAGUAGAGGGGAAUAAAAAAAAAACAAAAAACUUAGUUUUAGUACCUUUUGCUUUAAUGGGGUCGUUCAGCAUGAGACAUCUUAACUAGGCAAUUUUUGCCCGCUCUUCUGUCAAAAUUGAUUUCUAUUUGGACCUGCUCGUAAGUGCUUCCACCUUGACUUAUAAGGCUGCUGCUAAAUCUGAAGAAAAACAGCCUCAAAGCACGAUGCUGCACUGUGAGCAUACGCUUCCACUGCUUUUGUUUUAGACCAAGCGCCAAGUCCGCGCCUCGAGAGCCCCUAUCCAGUCUGUUUUCGAUGUCUCCCUCUUCCAACACGCCUGAUUCAAACAAUCGGGGUCCUCAUUUAGUUUAGCAAAGGCACAUUUUUUUUAAGUUCGAAAAAUCGCACGUCACAUCAACAAAGUUGUCACAAAAAGAGUAUACAUUUGUCAAUUAGAUACUAGAAGAUCAUUUAUUUGUUCUUUCUGUCACUAUGAGUUACUGGCACAGAUAACCGGACAAAGAUGCAAUAUUUGUUAUUCAUAAAUACUUUUCUUACCAGUUAAGUGAAGUUUUAUUAGUUUCCGCACACCGUUAGAGCUCUCGCGGCACACUAAUGUGCCACGGCACACUGGUUGGGAAUCAUUGAUUUAAAACAGACUUGAUAGGGCCUCUUGAGGACUGGAUUUGCGCACCUCUGAUUUAGAAUAAGCAUCCUUUUUUGCAAUAGAGUCACACUUUAACCUUCUUUAGACAAUAACCCAUUUGCCCACAUGUUUGGAGAGAGGCAUAACUUUUUUUGAAAUGUAGGAAGACCUUUUUUUGGGGGGCCUGGGGGGGUCUAGCAUCAAAUAAUAGAGAGCGGUGAAGAUGUAGCAUGCUGGAAGGCUCCCGUCAAUCCGUCAUUAAAGCAAAAGGCGGCUCCACAAAGUCAACGUUUUAGGCUGUCGACGAUCAUUUUGGUGGUUUCUCGUAUUGAUCAACUCACGAUUCCUUUAUCCACUAUAUGUACUCUCAUUUAAAGCUACGGCCAACCUCAUGCCAUGAGUUAUGAGAAGGCCACGCCCACUUCAGGCUGUUGAGCUGUUGAUGAAUAACAAACACACACACA